UUUCUUCUUUGUCUGUGAAAAAAUAUUUUUGAAGUUGUCUACUGGCAAUUGUAUAUACCUUCCCUCCUUCCAUUCCAACUUAAACCGAUUCUAGGGUUUCUUGAAAAAACUCUUGUUUUUUAGAACAACUCCAUCACCGAUUUCCAAUUCCUUCGUCCCAAUCCAAUUAACGAAAUGGGUAAGAGGAAACAAAAGGACUUACAACAAUCCUCCCAAACCGACACCGUUUCAACACCUUCCAGCAUUUUCAGCAAGCUCUUCGCCAUCGCGCCGGAACGGACCACCGCAACCACCGCCGCCUCUCUAUUUUCCGAUGACAACCCCUUUCGAAGAAAACCUACUCCACUUUCCGACUCAACAAACCGCACUCAGAACCCUAACGACGGCGACCACCCCGUGAACACCGAUUCCGGCGAGGAAAAGAAGCGGAAGAGGAACAAGGAAAAAACGGACAAAACCCCAGCCCCAGCCAUCGAUACCGUUGUUUCCGUAAUCGAAGCUUCGGAUAAAUCGGAGAAGAAGAGGAAACGCGAUUCCGACGAAGGAAAAGACCUUAUUGUGGGUGCAGAAGCGAGUGGGAAGAGGAAAAGGAAAAGGGGCGAAGUUGAGAAAGAUUGGGAGGAGAAGAAGUAUGGGAUUGUGGAGGAAGGGCUUGAGAAUAAAACCGUUGGGAUCAAGAGGAAGACGUUGGAUGAUCCAGCUGAUAUGAUGGUUUCAAAGGAGGGUUUUGAUGAUGAGGAUAAACUCUUAAGGACUGUUUUCGUUGGGAAUUUGCCUCUCAAGGUGAAAAAGAAGACUCUUUUGAAGGAGUUUAAGAAGUUUGGUGAGGUUGAGUCUGUGAGGAUUCGUUCUGUCCCAAUACAAGAUACCAAGAAACCUAGAAAGGGAGCUAUCCUUGCGAAGAAAAUAAACGAUGCUGCUGAUAGUGUUCAUGCAUACAUUGUUUUCAAAACAGAGCAAUCGGCACAGGCUUCUUUGUCACACAACAUGUCCCUGGUUGAAGGAAAUCACAUUCGUGUUGAUAGGGCAUGCCCACCCCGCAAGAAACAUAAAGGGGAGAGUACUCCACUUUAUGAUGAUAAGAGAACUGUUUUUGUGGGCAACCUCCCAUUUGAUGUGAAGGAUGAAGAGCUUUAUCAAUUAUUUUGUGGUAUAUCCAACCUGGAAUCAAGUAUAGAAGCUGUCAGAGUUGUUCGAGAUCCUCAUCUUAAUGUUGGAAAGGGUAUUGCUUAUGUGCUAUUUAAAACCAAGGAAGCUGCUAAAUUUGUUGUUAAGAAACGGAACUUGAAGCUUCGUGACCGAGAGUUGAGACUCUCUCAUGCCAAAGUUGAUGCUACCCCGUCUAAAAGGCCAAACCCAUCAUCAGCUCAUGCUCCUAGUACCCCUGCAAAAAGGCCAUACCCAUUAGCACAUGCUCCUAGUACCCCUGCAAAGGAGUUUUCUGUGGCUUCACGGUCUCCAUCAAGCAGUAAUAACAUGUCAAAGUCAAACAGAAAAACCAAUGCAUCUUAUCAGGGUCUACGUGCAACCAAAUCUGAUGUGCACAAGAAAAUCCAAGGAGGAGAAAAACCAAAAGAACGCAUGACAAAAAGACCUUCAGUAGCUGCCAGAAAGGCUAAAGCAAAAUUGGGCAAGGAGAGUGAUCUACCAAAACAAGCAGGGAUGAAACGCAAGCUUGAUAGUCGUACUCCAGACAGCACCCUACGUAAUAGGAAAGUAAAAAAGAACAGGUAGCAUGUUUCUUAUGUAAGGGAUUUGUUAGCUCUGGUUAGAAUUUGGCUCUAAUCGUUGAUAGUGAAAAUAGUUUGUCAACACUGGCAUGGUUUUAAGGCAAUGUUCUCAGCAGACUUGAAGGCACAUUUGACAGCGAAUGGUGAAGAAUUAAGAAAAAUCAGUGGAUAGGGAUACAAUUUACUCAUUUAAAAGGAUUUAACAUUAUCGUUUCUCUUCAUUUUAUUUUAAAUUUGUUGUGUAAUUUUAGUUUAUAGUAUGCUCUUAUUGGUAGGUUGCAACUUCCACUAUUAGGCCUUGUUAAAGCUUGUAGCAUUUCCUGCCUUGGAAAGGAGCAUUCGUCAAUUCUUUUCUCCUUAUCUUUUUUUCUUAUAUUGUUUUACACUUCAAUAUGACAAUGAAUUCAGGUGAAUUUAAUUUUAUCAUUUUAUCAUCUGAA